AUGUCGUCGCCGAACGCCAAACGCGCGCGCACGGAUGUCAAGGAACCAUCGAGUUCAAAAGCUCCAGCUGACAGCUCCUCGAACGGUUGGCUCGCCGCUUUACACGCCGAGCGAUGCGCGCGCAGGGGUAUAGAUGCGGGCGUGAGCGUCCAAGAGGCGGAGCGGAACCGCGCGAACGAGCGCGCGCGGGCGAUCGCGACGACGGUGUUGGGUGGAGGCGGGCGGGCUGAGACGCGACGAGCGACGGAUGUCGCGAGGCAGCGGCGGACGAAUUCGACGAGCGCAAAGACGAGCGAUGAGGCGGAGACGCGCGAGCACGAUGCGGGUGAUUUACGUUUGUUGACAUACAACGUGUGGUUCGGAGAUGUCGCUCAAGCGGCGAGAUUGGAGGCGCUUGGAAAGGUCAUCGCGGAGUGCGACCCACACGUGUUGUGUCUGCAGGAGGUGACGCCGCAGUCUCUGUUCGCACUUCGCGCGCACGAGUGGUGGAGCGAGUACGUCGUUGGUCCGAAACCGCAAUUACAGGAGUACUUCAGCGUCGUGCUGUUCAAGAGGGAGAUCGGGAGCGAGCUAGUGCGGCGAGACCAACAUCCUUUUGCGAACUCGAAGAUGGGGCGGUGCCUGGACAUCGUGAGUUACGUACGGUGUCCACUCAGUGGGACGAACUUCGCGGUCGGGAGCUCGCAUCUCGAGUCCUACAUCAGUUCCAAUCGUACCAGCGCUCAGGAGCGACGAGUGCAGAUAGAAGAGUGUUUCUCGCGGCUGAACAAGCACGCGAACGCGAUUUUCAUGGGCGACACGAAUUGGGACGAUAAGGAUGGAGACGUACCUCUGCCGGAGGGAUGGCGAGACGCGUGGCUCGAGCUUCGCCCGGAUGAACCUGGUUUCACGUACGACGCGCGCAAAAACGACAUGCUACGCGGCUACCUACAGAAGCGGCUGGAUCGAGCGUUCGUUAAGCUCAAGCACUUUGACGUGAAAAACAUCGAGAUGGUGGGCACGCAACCGAUUCCCGGUGUGACUUACCACAAGACUGUGAGUAAUCGCGGGAAAUCUGAGAUCAUCGAACUCCCAGUAUUGCCGAGCGAUCAUUUCGGGCUAUUACUGACACUUCGCGGAAAAUCGAGGCGCCUCGACGAAGACGAUGCAGUAGACUUGACCUGA